UUAAAUCCUCGACUCUUGAUUUGGGAAGAAACAAAUUGCACGAAUACGCCCGGGACCUUCAAGCCGGUAGUAAAUCGAAGUUGUGCGUGAACAGACUAGAUUUGGGAGAAUCCCGAGACACAAUACAAGUGUUUCAUGCAAGGCUUGAUGUCCAAAUGAGGAUGGAAUUAUUUUGCCUAUGUGCAAUUGCCAGACCUUUGUGGUCUUUAUACUAGCCACGGUCGUGUGCGUGAUUCCCCUGCGACACGUGACAUCACUUGACAGGCUUAAUCGUCACAGGUCCUCCGUAGUAAUCCUGUUAGCACUCUCGAACAAUGCAUAAAACCGUAGUUCCCAGGAAGUCUGGAGUGCAUAGAUUCGCCUGUUUAGCACUUUAUCGGGCCCUUCUCCGACAAUGCGCAAAAUUAAGGAACACCGCGCCGGAGCUUAGCAGCUGCAAGCCACUCAUACAACAAAAAUUUCAGAGAUACAAGAAACUUCAAAGCCCGUCACAAGCAGUCAAUGCCUUGAAAGCUGGGUAUGAGGCUCUCGACCUGCUUCAUUCAGCCUCGCAAGGAAAUCAACGCAAUACAAACCGCAUUGUAGAGCUCAUUUCAGAGAUCCGGUCGAUAAAGCAGAGAGAAUCGGCGCUGCAGAGAGAGCUCUCUAAGAAGGAACCGAAGCCAUUAUCUCGGAAGCAACAAAAGACACACGAGUCUCGGCGUUUACAAGACCAAACCGCCCGACGACAUCCGGAUGCCACUUCUAUUCUUUCUCGUCCUCGACCCGUCGUGAGCGGCAAGCGCCGGGUUCCCGUUCUUGUGAACGCUCGGGGAGUGCCCUUCCUGCGUAUCAAAAAACCCCAACCCAAGAAUUUAAGCGGCGUGAUACGGUCAAAACUUGAAAAUCGAUGGAACCGUAUUCAACGCCGGGAUAGGCUGGACCGUGAAUUACUGUUUGCCAAUGACGAGGAUAACUGGGACGCUUUGACGACUGGGUCUGAGCCCGACACAUGGGCUGAAGGGGUCAAAGACGCAUUGGGGACGCUUAACCAGCAAAUCCAUGACUCUGACAAGAAAAACAUAGAACUUGCAGAGGCCAUGUGGAAAAUUGUUCUUGCCGAGCGCAAGUUGGCAGCCGAGGAAGAAAAACAGAAGUCGACUGAAAAGCCAAGUGACACUUGAUUUCCUAUAUGGCCUGAUGCCGUAAGGUCCUAUACGAUGGGAUGUGCCACCCAUGUUGUUCUGCUCCGCAAUCGAACACGGAACAGAGCACGACAGAAGAAAGCCAUUCCAGGUCGUCUCCUGGUACUUGCAUGGUAACAAUAGCGGUCGCAUCGUCUACGUUGUACAAUAAACGAGCUCGUAUACAUGUAGACGCCCGCCACCCUCCUUUAACACUGUUCAAGGGGUGGAAUAUCCCCAGAAACGAGCCACAUGCCGACUGAACAUAACCUAUUGCAAACUAAGAUAGGACU